UGCAGACGUUCUCCUCUUCUGUGCGCUCCUAAAGGGACCGCACGCCGCUGUGUGAACGAACAUGGCACUGGCGCGACUUUCCGGAAGCGAUGCACCUGAGAUGCUCCAUGUGCCGCGAGCAAGGACUGCGGGCUCUCCAGAAAGCUCCCACAGCUUAAUGGGCUUCAGCACCUGUCAUACUCCACCAUCUACUUCUCCCCGAGGAUCAUCGCCAGGACUCGUCGCCAAGAGCCUGUCACUCUUCCGGCUCUCCUUGGUAGAAAGCCACACCCAGCUCCUGCGACAACUAGACCAAAAAAUUCGAGAGUUGGAGAAGGAUGGUCUUCCUGCUGACCGAAAGACUCCAUCCCUUCCAGCGAGGGGUGAAUUGAGUGAGCCUUUACAGCCUCGAGAUCAGCCUCGACUGUUGGAACCCCCAGGAAGGUCUCAACCCAACACCGUGAUGCGCUUGGGCCUUCCUGCGUUGAAACCGGAGUCAGCCAUGGAGCACAUCCAGGACAUCCAGGACGUCCAAUCGGAUGAUGAGAAAGGUGAAGGCGGUGAAGUUGCUAAAACGCCUGGGCUCAAGCGUCAGGUCACUGAAACCUUCGCAACAUUAAAUGAAGUUGAUGGGAAGCGCAAGAAGAACAUGGUGUGGAUUCAAAAGAACCCCAGGGUGAGUGCCUUCCAAGAAGCAUGUGAUGAACAUCUCCCAGUAACGGCGCAAAUGUCCCGGAAGCAAAAGCAAGAAGCUGCCGAGGAUGCGCGGAAGAAGUAUGGUGAAGUUGGAGCGUUUGUUCACUUUACACCCGAGCAUGUGGAACAAGCAGUGCACAAGGCUGCCUUUGCCAGGUUUUCGCGGCUGGAGGAUGAGGUGAUGCAGGAGUCAGAUUCUCCCAGGUGCUGCCAACGGAUCGCCUCAAACCGUUGGUUUGAACGGGUGGCGCUUCUGUUGACUUUGUCAAAUGUGAUCUAUAUCUCCGUUGAUGUUGAGUUCAACUAUUCCGGGCUGGUCACCAGAGCUUCUCCGGGAUUCAUCGCGGCAGAAAAUCUGUUUUGUAGCCUCUUCUUAACGGAGCUGGUAAUACGCUUCUUCGCGUAUCCACACCGGAUGAUGGCGGUACGAGAUACGGCUUUCCUCUUUGAUAUGAUCCUUGUGGCCAUGAUGAUGCUGGAAUGCUGGGUGAUGCCUUUGAUUGAUCUCAUGACGGCUGGUGCUAGCAGUGACGUUGCUGAAACAUUGUCCAUUCUGCGCAUUGCUCGGGUGAUGCGCAUUCUCAGGACAGCACGCAUUGCAAAGCUCAUCAGAUAUAUGCCCGAGUUGGUGAUCCUGUUGAAGGGCAUGUUGUCUGCCUGCCGAUCAGUUUUCUUCACUCUCCUCCUCUUGUUAUUGGUGACCUACGUCUUCUCCAUUACGAUUACAGAGGUGAGUCGUGGGACCAGCUUGGAAGAGGAACUGUUUUCGGGGAUGUGGAAUACAAUCUUGACACUCAUUGUUCAGUGCGUGAUGCCCGACCUGGAAUCGCGCUUCAAAGCGGCAGCCCUUGAGAAUUGGUUCGUAGGAGUGCUGUGGUUGAUCUUCAUCAUGUUCGGGACCUACAUCAUAAUGGGACUUCUGGUUGGUAUUUUGGUGGAGACGGUUAAAACCGUCGCCACUUUCGAACGAAAACAGUUUGAAGUUGACUUUGCCCAGAAUGUCCUUUGGGAGCUGAUCACAGAGACUUGUGCAGAUGAAGAUGGUGACAAUCGCAUUUCACAUCAAGAAUUUGCUCGAUUGUUGUCAAGGCCAGAAGCCACGAAAGCUUUAAACUCAUUGGGUGUGGACCUUUCUGCUGCCUUGGACUACGGCCACUUGCUGUUUGAAGAUGGUGAGCCGCUCACAUUUGCGGAGUUCAUGGAGGGUAUGAUGACCCUCCGAGGAUCCAACCAAACCACUGUCAAGGACAUGGUCGAUUUGCGAAAGUUCACUGCAGAAGAGUUCUCCCAUUUGCAUGCCGUUCUUCUGGACAUUUGCACCUUCCUCCAAAGUUGCUUGGCUUGUGAAGAUGGGCCAACACAGUCUCGAUAUGUCCACUGCCAUGGGCACAUUACCUGGUGUUUCGCUUCAAGGUCAAGGUAUGACCAUUGACAGCCUGAAGACCGCAACGAACAGUGUGAGAUUUUCGAGAGCUUCUCGGAUGACGAGGGUGACGCACGCCAAAGCCUUCUGACAUCACGGACGUGACCGGUUGGAAGCCACGAAGGACAUGUUCCAAGUAUAUUCGAAGAUAUUCGAAGAAAAAU